AUGACGGUUCUGCGGUGCCUAGCCAGACGGCCCGCCGCCACGCCUUUCCGGGCUGCGGCCUCGGCUGCGAGCGUAUGCAGAGCAGCAACACGACAAACAGCAGCAGCACCGCCGCCCGCCCGCAGCCUCUACACCGUCCCCACGCUCGCCAACCACGACCAGCUCACGGCCAAUGGCGUCCCCGGCCUCUUCUCCAAGCAGGCCUUCCGCACCGCCUACACGCAGUACCAGCAGCACAUCAUCGACGAGCUCAACGACUCCACCGCCGGCACCCCGUUCGAGGGCCAGGACACCAAGUCGCUGACCAUCGAGUUCGCCCGCGACCCCACCAGGGCCUACGGCUUCAACCUCGCCAGCAUGGCCUUCAACAACCACUUCUUCUUCCGCGGCCUCAACACAAACCCAGACGUGCUCUCGGCGCCCCCGUCCGACCUCGCCAUCCAGAUCAAGCGCGACUUCUCCUCUAUGGACACCCUGCGCGCCACCUUCCUCGCCACCGCAGAGGCCAUGUUCGGCCCGGGCUUCGUCUGGCUCGUCCAGACAAAGGACACGGAGCUGGGCAGCUUGCGCAUCCUCCCCACCUACCUGGCCGGCUCGCCGCUCUCGGGCGCCCACUACCGCCGCCAGUCGCACGACCUGAACACACACAACCCCGACUCGUACGCCGCCGUCAACAAGGUCGGCAAGUUUGGCCACGCCGCCCAACACGACGCCCGCCCCAAGAAGCCCCUGGGCGGCGUCGACGUCGUCCCGCUGCUGUGCGUCAACACCUGGGAGCACGCCUGGCUGCACGACUACGGCGUCAAGGGCAAGGCCGCCUACCUGCGCGCCUGGUGGGACAAGAUCGACUGGGACGUGGUCAGGCAGGGCGCCACCAUCUCGCCCGUCGAGAACAGGAGCAACCAGUUCAUGUACAAGUAG